AUGCCUUACCCUACCCGUCAACUAGGCAAAAAUGGCCCAUUUGUGAGCUCAAUCGGUCUCGGUACCAUGGGUGUCGGUAUCUUCUACGGGAAGAGUGAUGAGGAAGCGUCUUUGAAGACCCUCACAUACGCUGCCGACAGGGGUGUUACCUUUUGGGACACGUCCGAUUUCUAUGGUACAAGUGAAGCAACACUUGGAAAAUGGUUCGCCAAGACGGGCCGGCGCUCGGAAAUCUUCCUUGCCACCAAGUUCGGUGCCCUCGACUACAGCGACCCCGAGCGCACUGCAAAGCAUCUACCAAACAGCAUGCCAUCGUACAUCGCAAGACAGAUCGAAGCUUCCCUGAAAGCCCUCCAAACCGACUACAUCGACCUCUACUACCAGCACCGCGUCGACCCCAGGGUCCCCAUCGAAGUCGUUGUCCAAACGCUCAAGCCCUACGUAGAGAGCGGCAAAAUCCGAUGGAUCGGUCUUAGCGAGUGCAGCAAGGAGACCCUCCUACGCGCCAAAUCCGUCCCUGGCAUCGGCGAGAAGGUCAUCGCUGCCCAGAUGGAAUUCAGCCCCUUCGAGUUGAGCAUCGAAAAGAACGGAUUUGCCAAAGCCGCUGAAGAUGCCGGGGUCGCCAUCGUCGCAUACUCGCCGCUGUCGCGUGGCCUCGUCAGUGGAAAGUACACAUCUCCCAACGACUUCGAGGAAGGAGACAUCCGAAAGAUGCUCCCCCGUUUCCAGCCCGAUAACUUCCCAAAGAACCUAGAAGUUGUCGCUAAGCUGAAGGCAAUCGCUGAGAAGUACAAAGCGACCUCCGGCCAGAUUGCCUUGGCCUGGAUAAUCGCCGCACACCCCAACUACUUCCCCAUCCCUGGUACCCGUAAUAUUGAACGGUUGGAGGAGAACUCCAAAGCCGCUGAGAUCGAGUUGAGUGCUCAGGAUGUCAAGGACAUCAGCGCCAUCGUGGAGAAUGCCGAUGUCGCGGGGGCUCGUUACCCAGCCUUCGCUAUGCCACAAGGCGACUGCAUCCCUCUCGAUCAAUGGAAGGGAGAGUAA